GAUGCCUUUUGAGUUGGUGGAGGUAGACAGCAUUGAGCAGCUGGGCUGAAUGGCCACUGACCUGCUGCUGAUUUAUGUAGUUUUGAUGCAGUUACUAUUUACGAAAGUAGAAGUGCUUGGAGGAACGAGCAGGAAGCCACGGAAACGGAAAAGGAAGCAAGUGGCACUGUUGAAGUAGGUCUGAAGGCAGGUCCUCACCACACUGAAGAAGCAGAGGGCGUAAUCGAUGGAUGGUCUCUCUUGACACAGUUCUAUGCCGACCAGCGCUGUGUGUGUUUCUGUGCAUCUUAAGUGCCAGGGACUAUGUACCCACUGAAGGUUGUGUCUCUUUAUCUUCUGCUCUUUAAAUCUUUGAUUGUCUUGGCCACUGAGCCCAAGGAGGAAUUUCUAUUUCCGAACCGCAUCAAUAACAUUGUGGUGAGUACCAAUGGCAAGGUCUUCGUAGCCACUGACAACUUCUUGUAUCAGCUGAAUCAGAGCCUGGUCCAGGAGGUGGCCAAGCAGACGGGGCCUCGUUAUGAUGGGCCUUGUGAGAAAGCAGAUCACUGUUGUGUCAAAUGGGAAGAAAAGGACAAUGUGAACAAGAUCCUGGUCGUGGAUGAGAAGCAGGACAUGGUUCUGACCUGUGGGACGUUGAGGCUGGGGGCUUGUGAGGUUAGAUUGCUGCACAAUGUCAGCCAGUACCAAAUUGACAAGCUCAAUAAUGUCGCCCCUGUCUAUCCAGAAGCCUCAGCAAUUGCCUUUCUAGUAAAAGCCAGUCCAAACAAUUACUUGGUGACCGCUGUCACGCCUAGUGGGAUGGCUAGCAAAUUUUUUCCACCCUCCUGCAAAGACAACAGCAGUUACCAUAGUGACUUAGAGGAUAGUGUUAAAACCAUUUUCCUAAGGAAUCCUCAAAAGUCCUCAUUUUUGAGCUAUAAUUAUGAUCAGUAUGGUGAUGCAGUUGUCAAGCUUGAAGACCAGACUGUGGAGCUCCAGUUCGUACAAGGUUUCCAGUGGCUGGAAUAUAUUUAUAUUUGGCUUAAUACUAACGUCUCAGGCCCAGGGAUCAUCCGCAUGAAUGUUAAAGACAAUAGUGCAGACACUAUUGCUUCCUUUAUUCAAGCCACCCUGCUGUGCCCCCAGGGAAAAAAUCAAGCCCUCAGAGUCCUGUCUUCUGCUGUCUUCAGCAUCACUUCCUCCGAUACCUUGAUGGUCACAAUCCUGUCCAAACAAGGACAGUCUGAGUACAGCCUACUUUGCUUCUACAACCUGACUCACUUAAACACGAAUACCAAGGGUCAAAAAAGCUACUUCAGUGAGCAGAAAGGAAUCAUAAACUUAACUUCAAUGAACAAGGAACCCGUGUUUCAAUAUCCCGGACUACUCUCAGUGUCGGCCACAAUUGUGAAAGACUGGAUUGUCUUGUUUCUCGGGACAGACAACGGACAAUUAAUUAAGAUGAUUCUGGACAAGGCCCUACAUGUAAUUCGACUGACUGUUCUGUCUGAAUUGGAGAGUGAAAGCCCAAUCUCUCACAAUGUGAUAUUUGAUCCGCUGGACACAAAUUAUCUGUACCUAGCAUCUGAGAAUGAGGUGAGAAGGAUAAAAGUGGCUAACUGUACACAAUACAAAUCCUGCACUGAUUGCUUGUCUGCACAGGAUCCAUACUGUGACUGGCACAUUGUGAAGAAAAGGUGCUUCUUUACCACUGAAUGUGAAAGCAUUCUUUCAAAUUCCUGCAUUACCAUGAAAGAUGGAAUCAACAACUGCCUGAGCAUAACCUUAAGCCCAUUGGCGAUAGAUGCUUCCUUCAAGAAUACAAAGCUCUUUACAGUCAAAGUAACACCAAAAUUCAACAAUUUCAUUAAACAAAAUGCAACGUGUACGCUGAAGAACAUUGGAAACAAGAAAGUCAUUUGCACAGGCAAAUUCACAACUGAAUGUCCCUGCAAUGUUUCCGAGAACUACGCUCAGCUUGAACAGCAGUCAGACCCAAUCAUUAUUGAGUUCGCUGUUAAAUCUGACUCCUUGAACUUGGUCAAUCGGUCAACAGUCCAUAACUGCUUCAAGAUUGCAACAUCUCAGCAGACUAACACUCCAUGUACUGAUUGUAUCAAAUCUGGAUGUCACUGGUGUGCAGUUGAACAUCGAUGUACUUACACUUCAAAUUGCCAUGGAAAUACUCAACAGUCCUGCCAUCAAAUUUAUGAAGUAAAAGUAAAUCCGACUUCAGAAAAUCUUGACAUUGUUCUGACUCAUGCAAAAGUGCAAAACGACCUGAGUUGUUUGUUUGAUGGGAAGUUACAAAAGGCCAAGUGGAUCAACGGAUCUGUCAUCCAGUGUAUCAGGCCUCAGUUUGUGAAUGAAAGACGGCUCAUUCCUGUGAAUGUUGUGUACAGUAGAAAUUCCAGUUACAUUAUUGAUAAUCCGAACAAUAUCACAGUUUACAGUUGCGAUGUCCGGAAGCCAGGCUGUGUCUUUUGUUCACCAGAAAGGAUUUGUACGGAACCAGUUGUUACGGCUGUGACACCGAACCGUGUAUAUAUUUCUGGGGGAACCAGGGUCACCAUCACUGGGACUGGUCUAGAUGUUGGAGCGAGUGCUAAGAUUCACAUUAAUGGAAUAAAUGAUUUCAUUACAGCCAAAUCGAGCAGCUGCACUAUUAUGAGUAACACCUCAAUAAAAUGCACAUUGCCAGAGUCAUCCCGUGGUAAAAAAAUACUGUGUUUGUUGUAUGAUUCUGAGAAAAGCUGUAUGGCGAACAGAUCUGCUGUACUGCACUAUGUCAGACACAUCUCCAUUACAAAGGUGCACCCAACAGUUUCCUGGGUCAGUGGAGGCCGAGCCAUUACAAUAAGUGGCAUUAACUUAGACGUGGUUCAAUGGAUGCAAAUUUCGUUAACAAGAAACUCCAAGGAUCUAAUUAAUUGUACACGUCGUAAUUUGGUCUGGGUCUGUGACACACCAUCUGUGAAGGGCAGGGGAAUCCUGGAUACGCAUCCCAUGUUAUUCACUAUGUCAAUAAUAAAGCAGCAAGAGAUCAAUAUGACAUACCAAGAGGACCCUGAGUUCUACAAUUUCUCAAUGACUUUUGAUGACCAAAAAUCUUUGAUAUCUGUGGUGAAAAAGAAAGAUAAUUUGCAACUUGACAAAAGCGAAGUGAAAAUUUCUGUUCUGAGAAGCAAGGGAGGUCGAACAAAAUGUAAGAUUACAGAGGUGACAGAAGAGAAGAUAAAAUGUGAACUGAAUGAGUCCAACUCUUCAAUAUCCAAAGUGGAAGUGAAAGUCGGUGAUUAUGUGAAACAUUUAAGCUCACCAACCAGCAACAAGUCCAUUUUUGCUAUACUGAUUUUGAUACCUGUUAUGCUGCUCCUUUUCAUCAUUGGUUAUUUUUGGGCAAUGAGCCAGAAGGCUAAGCAGUACUCUGAGCGUCUAAACAUUCAAAUGGAACUUCUGGAAAGUCAGUUCCGAAAUCAGAUUCGUGAAGGAUUUGUUGAGCUUCAGACUGAGGGAUCGGAUGUGCAUUUAAUUGAUGAUUAUGGCAGUAUCCCUUUCCUGGAUUAUAAACAUUUUGCUGCCCGAACAUUCUUUCCAGAGGGCAGCGUGGACAAUGUGCCCAACUUUGUAAGAGAUCCGAUUGUCGCUGCACCUCAGGCACCAGCAAAAGACAAAUUGGAUGAUGGAUUCAAUGCCUUGUACAACUUCCUGAAUAAUGAACAGUUUUUGGUGACUCUAAUACACAAUCUUGAGCAGCAAAAAGACUUCUCUAUUAAAGACCGGUGUAAGUUUGCUUCGUUCCUGACCAUUGCGUUUCAUAGUAAUUUAGUUUAUCUGACAAACGUGCUUGAUCAUCUUCUCAAUGAUUUGAUGGAUGAAACAACUGCCCAGCCAAAGCUGCUACUCCGUCGCACAGAGACAGUGGUUGAGAAACUGCUCACUAAUUGGAUUUCCCUGUGCAUGUAUGGCUUUUUGAGGGAAUCUGUUGGAGAGCCAUUAUUUAAGCUUGUAUCUGCAAUAAAACAGCGGAUUAACCUGGGUCCAGUGGAUGCAGUGAGUGGUAAAGCAUUGUACACACUAAACGAAGACUGGCUGUUGUGGGAGGUUUCAGACUUUAAAACUCUGAAACUGGACGUUUCAUUCCAAUUGAACACUGAGGCGGACGUUGAUGGUGAUCUGGACAGCCAGCCCACGUUAGAAGUGGAUGUUCUGGAUUGUGACACAAUAGGACAAGCAAAGGAGAAGAUUUUUGAGGCUUUCUUUAGCAGAUAUGGUUACUCACAAAGAUUCAAAAUGGAAGAUAUCGACCUGGAAUAUGCUAAGAAUGGAUCAAACCAAAUACUCCAGGAUAUCGACCAAUCAUCACAAGUUCUUGAAAAUGGGAUAAAGAAAUUAAAUACAGUUAGACACUAUCAGAUUCCAGCUACAGCAUCCGUGGUUGCAGUUAGAAGAGUCGACCAUCCAAAAAGAGAUAAUAGAUCUGCAGAGAAACUUUGUCACCUGAUUUCACCAAGUUCAGAAAUUGCAGAAACUAAUGCGCCAGAUCGAGGAAAACAAAAUUUCAAGGUUAAGGAGAUGUAUCUAACAAAGCUGCUAUCUUCUAAGGUUGCACUUCACCCUUUUGUCGAAAGCCUUUUCAGAAACAUCUGGAACAUUCCAAAUGGCAAGCCACCAAUAGCUAUUCGGCACAUCUUUGACAUUUUACAUGCUCAGGCUGUCAGUAAGAAGAUAACUGAUCCUGAUGUCUUACACAUAUGGAAGACUAACAGCCUUCCCCUUCGCUUUUGGAUAAACAUCAUUAAAAAUCCUCAGUUUGUGUUUGACAUGGAGAAAACCCCGCACUUGGAUAGCUGUCUCUCCGUCAUUGCACAGGCCUUCAUGGAUUCCUUCUCCUUAGUUUCUCAUAAGCUCGGGAAGCACUCUCCAACCAAUAAAGUGCUUUAUGCUAGAGAUAUCCCACACUACCAGGAUGAAGUGAAAGGUUACUACCGCCAGCUUGCUGAGAUGGGACCAGUGAGCAAGGAGGAAAUGGCCAGCUUUCUCACUGAGGAAUCAAAGAAGCAUGAAAAUGAAUUUAAAGAAAGGGAUGCUAUGGUUGAACUUGGGAAAUAUAUCUACAGGUACUCAGUUCAGUUGGAUAAACUGGAGAAUGAAGAUAUGCAAGAUAUAAAUGAGGGCAUUGCCAAAAUAAAGGAAUACUUUGACAGCAAAUCAAAGUGUGGAUGGGAGUGAACAAAUCCUCUGGGGUAAAUGCUACACGAGAAGCAACCACAAAGGGAUCUCGGGAGGUGUUACCCUCUCCAGGCACUGGCGUCUCUGAGAGCGCAAUGAAGAAACCAAAACACUUUGAAGCAAAUCUGAACCUCUAGGAGAAAGGCUGUUGUCUGAUUUACCCAAUGUGCAGCCUCACCCAUGCGAUCAGGACUUCUACUGGUGACCAAUGUGCCUUAGUUCAAGCUGGCAACUGUGAGAGAUUAUUCGCAUGCUCUGUUCAAUCAGACACAGCAGAACAAAACAUGACCUCCCAAUCAUGACUCGUUGGUAUGUUUUUUUAGGGUAAUUAUGUGAGGAUUCCUGCUUUGAUCUUGAAAACUGUACAUUUUCUGUCAUGCUUACUAAAUUCAUCUUCUGUAAAACAUAUAAAUAAUUGUUCACUUCAAAAAGAGUACCUUUUUCACAUUAGUACUCUCUCAUUAACUUGAAGAGAUCUAAUAUUCUGUUGCUUUCAUACAGGAAAACAACUGUAUUUGCUACUUUUAGGAUCAAAGAUCCAUAUUUAAGCUAAUAUGUGUUUUUGCACAAGUGUUAAUAUUAAUUAAAAAGCAAAUAGAAGUGGUCAUGUUUGCAUACAGUUGAUGUAUGUGUUCACCUGUAACCUUCUGUCUUUUUAAUAUUCUAAUUUUACUAACUACAAGAAUCACAAACAAUGACUUAUAGUGUUAGUGAUAGCAGACUAUUACUAGAUAUGAAAGUCUAAUUACUGAUUUGUUUGAUCGUUAAAUGGCACCAGCCUGCAAUUGACAGUUAUUGACCUCUGGUACACCCUACAAUCAAUGGAGAUUAGCGACACAGGCCGACCAUCAGUACUAGCAGAUAUACAGCUCCUUACUUAUUAAGCAUUAACUUUAUUGGAUGAUCACAGUUUACGCUGACAACUUCUGCUGUACGCCAGGUGAAUGUCACUCAAGGUUCAGUUACAACUUCCUCACCCCAUUGAAACACAGGAAAGAAGGAGAUCAUUUGAAAAUAAUCAAAAAGGUUACUUGGGACAAAUAGAUAAAGUGCGCAAACUUAAGUUAGAAAAUAUGAUGGCCCUCAUUGUGAAAUUGAGUAAAUUAACAGUUUGAAAACCCAAUUAGCACUGGCCCAAACUGAGCUUCAGACUGCUUGAGGGUAACACAAACAGAACAGCCAACAGCAGCAACCAGGGCAAUGUCCCAAGGACUGCAGAAAGCAGUUCCCCUCCACUUUCUCCAGGAUAAUUAGGGAUGAGUAACAAAUACUGGCCCAGCCAGCAACACUCAGAUAUGGUGAAUAAGUAAAAAAAAAUGCACAAACCUCUUCCUAAUCAUGGGCAAAUCAGCUGGAAAGUCCAAUUCAUGAAAAUAGGGUAUUUCAGUUAGAUCUGCAGUAUCAUCUGGAUGGAUGUUGCCAUAAUUUCCUUAUCACAUUGUACCAGUGAAAUAAAGGACUGGGUCAACCUGUCAUCAUAGAAUCCCUACAGGGUGGAAGCUGGCCCUUCAGCCCAA